CCACUAUAUACGUGAGAACUUCAUUGAUAAAGCAUGAGCCGACACGAAGACACGUCCGACAGCGAUACGUGGUUUACAUCAGUUGAGACUACAUUAUUCAUACUGCGUUAAUAUCUCUCCCCCAAUCUUCCUCCUCUGACAUCAUGGAGAACAUUCUGAGCAUCAGCUCCAAAGGCUCAGAAAUCCCAAUUGCAGCAAUACUCAGCCCAAAAGUGAAACAAAGGCUCGAAAGUCUGCCACUCGUCCCAGAACAACAGACCAUUAUUCGCUCAGGGGGAAGGGCGGAUAGGCUAUUGGGUAUACUAAGACUACUCCCAUCAUUGCAAGAGGAUGGAGAAGGAUCCCAUGUCAUAUCAGAGCUAUCAUGUGCUUUACGUGACUGGGUUGAUCAGAUCAAAGGUCUACCAGGAGCUUGUGAGAAAACCGUAAAGUGGGAAGUUCGUCCUGUCCUCUACGAUGGAAUGGUCACGAUCAAGGUCAAGAAUUGGAUGAUUGCUGAAGGACUUGAGGAUUGGUACACGGAAGAUGAGGAUGCGAGGGUUGAUAAAACCGGGGAGGAUAUGAAAGGCCGUCUAGCGGCUUGGGUAGUAUUUGGAGACGGGAGUGGAUAUUGUAUUCUGGAGCAGUGGCGAGGAAAAGCAAUCUAUUUCAACUUGAAGGACUUGGAGUUCGACACCAACUUAUUGAAAUGGAAUGAUUACGAGUGAAGAGCACGUAGUGCAUUGCACAUGUUCGUCUGCACAUGCAAAGACGCCUAAUUUGAG